AUGGCUGGAAUAAGACCCAUUCCUUUGAGAAUCGCGCUCGCUCUGAGCUUUUCAAUUACUGCUUGGGCCCACAAUCCUACAGUCGAAUGGAUCAAAUGCCCGGUCGGUGUUACCAGCCCUGUUGAGUGUGGACAGAUCCAAGUACCGUUGGAUCACGCAACUCCUGAUGGAGAGACUAUUACUCUUAGUCUGACCCGUCUUCAAGCUACUAAUCCAGGCUGUGGUCCCAGGCAGGGGCCGUACAUAGAAGAUGGCGGGCCUGGCGAACCAAACGUACAAAUGUGA